AUGGGGACCGCACUAAUCUGUGUGCUGAGCUUUGUAAUGGGUUUUGCAAUCUUAUUUACCACUGCUCUUGUGUUGCACGAGAUCUUUGAAGUGCUCAGGAUAAAUCGAGUUGAUUCAUCUUUCGGAAGCGAAGAUGACUCGGCUGCCUCAAGCACCGCCUCUUCAUCGAGUUCCGCCUCAUCAAAUUCGUCCUCAGCGGGCUCGUUCUCGUCAGACUCAUCCUCGUCAGGCUCGUCCUCAAGAUCCUCUGAUUCCGACCAAGAAACGCCACCCCCAGCAUACCAUGACCUCUUCCCCGACGGCUACCCGCACGCAGACGUGCUAGCUCAGAUCAUUGCAUUUUGGAUCAACACGGGGUUCGAGUGCCUCCGGCGCGCCGCACGCCGCUUCCCGCCGCUCUGCGACCGUGAGAUCCUCAGCCGCCCACGCACACACCUGCCGCAAGAGGGAACCACCGGCGGCCCAGUGGGCCCGUUCGCGUGGCCGCGCUUCGAGUGCAUGAGCCGUCUAGGUCAGGCGGGCGAGCUGCUGCGGAUGGCGGAGGGCCGGGACUCUCAACCGUGCGACCACCAGGCUCUCCUCCAACUGCUCGGGCGGGGCCGGUAUUGUGAUGACUGUGGGACUGCCGAACAAGCACGUGGAUAG